AUGGCUGGCAACAAGACGGCACUCAUAUUUGGGGCCAGUGGUGUCACAGGAUGGGCAAUGGUCAAUGAAAUCCUGAACGACUACCCCAAAAAGGGCAUUUGGAACAAGGUCUACGCACUGACGAACCGCCCAUUGUCUCGGGAGGCUUCGUGUUGGCCCAAUGACACAAGGCUCGACAUUGUGUCGGGUGUUGACCUGCUACAAGGCUCACAAGAGGAACUCGAGCAGGUCAUGAAGGAUAAGAUCAAGGGCUUUGGGAAUGUAACACAUGUCAUCUAUCUGGCCUACAAAGCUCAAGCCGACAUCCCUGGGGAGCUCGAGGAGAACAUAGCCAUGUUCAAGCGCGCCAUCACCGCAGUGGACAGGCUCUCGCCAGCACUCGAGUUCGUGGUCCUCCAAACCGGCGCAAAGACCUACGGGUGCCACCUGCUCGACGCCCACCCCGCAGACGAGCACAUCCACGUGCCUCUCAAGGAGACCAUGCCGCGCCUCCAGCAGCCGUACCACGACCAGCUGUUCUACUAUCCGCAGCUCGACUGGCUGACGGAGUUUUCCCGCGGCAAGAAAUGGGGCUGGAACGACACGCGACCGGACAUCAUCGUCGGGUUUGUGCCCAACCAGAAUUUCUACUCGCUUGGCUCUGCGCUCGGUGUGUACCUGAGUCUGUGGCGGGAGAAAUUCGGCGAGGGCGCGGACGCGCCGUACCCGGGCUCGACGAAGGCGUACAAUGCACGGAGCAUUGAUAGCUCCGCGGACAUGAUUGCCCGGCAGACCCUGCAUGUCAUGCUCACGGAGCCCUGGAGCACGCGGCAGGGCGAGGCGUGGAAUGUCGCGGACGCGCGGACGCCAUCGACCUGGAAGGAGAAAUGGCCAGUCAUGUGUGCGUAUUUUGGUCUCAAGGGGACAAAAGCGGCGGAAGAUAACCCUGUAGAGGUGAGAACCUUCAUCAAGGAGAACAUGGACUUGUGGGCGAAAAUGGAGAAGAAAUAUGGCUUGCAAUCCGGCCAUGCGGACAGCGAGAGGAUCUUCAAGGGGUUUGAAUACUUCUUGUUGACGCUGUUCAACUUCGACCGGCAGUAUGAUAUGACUAAGAUGUACGAUGAGGCUGGGUUCACCGAGGAGCGGACUACUAAGCAGACCUGGGGUGGUGUCUGGGAUCGGAUGAGGGCCGCCAAGAUCAUUCCGGCCAGCUUCAGCUGA